UGGUUUUAUUUUGAAGAGCGAAGGAAACACCGUCUAACUCUCCACCUAAAGUCCAUCCAGUCAUGUACGAUGAAAUGAGUAACAAUUACUGUAAAACUUCAUAAAACAUUUUUCACCGAAAAGGCAAUUUUAUUGUAACUACAAUGUCCUCGAAUAACAUGGCGGAUCCCAGGAGACAAAACAAGAUAUUACGGUACAAGCCCCCCACCACGGAGACCAAUCCCACACUGGAGGACCCCACUCCGGACUACAUGAACCUGCUGGGCAUGAUUUUCAGCAUGUGUGGACUCAUGCUCAAGCUGAAGUGGUGCGCCUGGAUCGCCGUCUACUGCUCCUUCAUCAGCUUCGCCAACUCCAGAAGCUCUGAGGACACCAAGCAGAUGAUGAGCAGCUUUAUGUUGUCCAUCUCGGCUGUGGUCAUGUCAUAUCUUCAGAACCCUCAGCCCAUGUCGCCGCCAUGGUAACCGAGAGGAGAGGUGGCCACCAAGCCAGAUCGGACACAAACCGUACAUGAAGUCAACGAAACAGAGCCAAGAGGGCCGCCCAAUUCAUUUUAAUCAUUUUUUUUUAUGUUUUGCUACUUAAUGCAAAUGAAUAAAAAAGUUGGGAUACAAAAAA